AUGUGGCUGCUUCUGGGCGUUGCACGUGGCAUUCGCUUGUUUAUACUAUGGUACCAAAUACUGGGUGAAAAUGCGAUUGAUGAUGAACAUUUAUUAUUCAAAAAUUUAAUACGAAAUUGGAAUCAAGCAUUGGGCACAAGUAAUAGUUCAGGAACAAUAAAAUCGAAUAGUGAUAAAGUAGAUUUAUGCGAUGAAGUUGAAAAGGAACGAUUUAAAACGGCUCCUGAUUAUUUCCGUUGGGUCGAUAUUGUACCGAUAUGGCCAAAAAACGCAAAUGAACAUGAACCAAGUGUUGAUCGUUGGUUAUUUUAUAUGUUACAUACAAUGUCCGACACGUGUAAACGUAUACUAUGGGAACCUGAUCAAAAUUCUGAUCGUAUGGAUAAACAAGAACAUUGUUUUCUAUUUUUAUUCAAUAUGUUCAAUAAAUAUUAUUUACCAGCGUUAUUUCCAACAUUUUUAUAUGAAAAUAAUGUUUAUGAUUCAAUCAUCAUACCAGAUGUAAAUAAGAUCGAUAUGGAUCGUCGUCGUAAACAGGGCUGUCUGUCUCGUACAGCCUAUGUCAUGUGGUUACUACCGUUUAUAAAUGAUGUACAAAGUCGGGACAGAACUUUAACGCGUGUACCAACGAUUACAUCUCCGCAACAAUUGCAUCCUUUAACGGGUUCUUUUAUGCAAUCACAAAACUUGACCUCUCUUCCAAGUAAUGCGAGUAUAUCUACAAGUGGAAAUAUGCCAAUGAACGAUCCCGUAUCGCCAUCUUAUAAUGAACUUUAUAAUAUAAUUACAAAUCCACGAAACGUUUUCAUGUCGUUACAACAGCCACUUGAUCCGAUCAUGUUAGAAAUAGGUCAGAAUGUUUUAUUAUCCAAAAAGGAAUAUAUAAAUUUUAUUCAUGAAAUUUUUCGUCAGAGUUAUUUGAUGUCGGGCGAAAAUGGCUUAGCGGCCUCUUAUAUACUACGUUCUGUAAAUAACUGGAUUAAAGAUAAACAAUCUUGUCCUAUAUUUAUGCUUGAACCUGACGAUCAUAAUAGACGUCUAUCAGCAUCAUCCACAACAAUAACGACAAAUAACGAUAAUAUCAUAAAUAAUAAUUUACGUUUGGGUCUAAAUCGUUGGUUACAAAUAUUUAUGACACAAUCUUUUUAUAUGUUUCUUGUGCGUCCUGGUACAAUCGACGAUCAACAAAUGACAACAGGUUAUCAACAAGAACAAUUACAGCGCGAUCGAUCACUAGCUGGACUUGUGACAUUUUAUAGAAAAUUACCAUCUAGACACAUGCUAGAUCGAACAACAUGGGAUUUGAUGUUACAAGUUAUGCUCAGAAUAGUUCGAGUAUCAUUACAAGAUAAACCGCCGCCUACUUAUAAUCAUUCCCAUGUGGAAAAUACAAUUAAAACGUUGCUUUAUUUAUUUCAUUCGGUUUCACUCGAUGUUAGUGUUGAACUAUGGAAUAAUUUAAGUGAUACGUUAUCAUCAAAAGCGGCAUGGCCAGAAGUGAUUGAACAGUGGGAUUUAACUAUGAGAAGUUUAACAAAAGAUCUCGGAAAACUUGUUUAUAAUGUCGAAACUGAAGUACCAACAACAAACACAAUGACAACAAUUCGGAAAGGAAUAAAAAAAUUUACGCAAACCGGUGCUCAAGAACAUGGCCAGCGAGAAACAUCUUCUAUUGAAAGUCGAAACAGACGUGCAAGAACAUUGAGUUUAGAUGAUGAUUCAGAUUUUGGCGAACCAAGAACAGUGCGAACAACAAUAACAAAUACACGAAUACGAACAAAUAGCGACGAUAGUUUAUCACAUCCGUUUCAACCAAAUCGACCAAUAUUGUCGACAAUCGUUAGUAAUCAUGUUGAAGAAAACUUAGAACAACCGAUUCAUUUUAGUCCAGACGAAAAUUUUAAUCCAAUAUCUGAUUUAUCACAACAGUUUAAUGAUAAAAGAUCAAAUUUAUCCAUACAAAUAGCAAAAGACUCACCAAGUUCAACAAACGAUAUUCAUGCCCUUGAUUCGCCAAUGAGUGAAGGUUUAAGCGAUGAUUUUGGAGUAAAUAACACUAUUAGUGUUGGUGAAACGAAUAGUAUAGGAAGUUUACAAGGAGCCGCUGAUAAUUCAAUAUCAAGUGGAUUAGCUGAUGGCUCUAGUCUUAGUACAAAAAGUCGUACACUACAUAUAGAUUCAAGGUCUCAUUCAAAUACACUAUCAGAAACAAAUUUAUUAGAUCAACAUAUGUUACCACUGACGAAACAGCAUCCAGUUAGUCAUUCAACAGUGGACAGUCUUCAAUCUUUUCCACAAGAUGCAACGACAAUAGGCAGUACAAAUACAGCUGUGAAUGUAAACAAUAUUCUACAAAUUCGAUUAGAACCAAAAACAGCGUAUACCUCUUGGUUUCGCAUGCUAGGAUCAUUAGGCAAUAUAAAUCACAUACAAUCUUCGGAACAACACAAUCGUAUCAUAAAAACGUUAAAUGAAAUAUGGAAAAUGCUUUGUAGAAUACAUGAAGGAUCGAAAGAAGUUGAGCAAGGUGAUAUUUAUUUUGAUGGACCACCAUUAUUGAUAUUUGCUCCAUGGCUCUAUGAGGCCAUUCAAACAUUACCCAUAAGUCAUCGUGAAGGAAAGUUAUCUGCUUAUAAACUUUUAUGUUCAAUAGGCGUUUAUAAUCAUGAUGAACCACCAUCUGCAGAAUUUCUUGACAUGUUUUUAUUGACAUUAUAUCAAGGAUUAAAUUCUGGUGAUCAGGAUAUUAUCAAUGCAAUAAUUAGUUCAUGUAAAGCGGAUUUAUUUCAUCGUUGCUGGCCAUCUUCGACAUUACUAUUACCAUUGUUUACAGAUGCUUGCUGUCAAAUUGGUCAGCAAGCAUCAAUUGUCGAUGGAAAAACGAAUCCAAAGAUAGAAGCUCUUACAAUAUUGAGCAGUUUAGUAUGUUUUCCAAAUCAUUUUGAACAACUUGAUGUUUUUGAUCCAAAAGAAAAAAAUUAUUCUGUUGUAACAAUGGAUCGUACCUAUUUAAAACGUAUGAUAAUGAGAGAUUUAAUUAAAGCCUCAGAAAAAGAUACAAUGUUAGAAUCAAGAGAAAUCGCUCUAUGUGGUUUGGCUAUUUUUAUUUGUGAAGAACUAAAACAUAAUCGAUUAGAAUCACCGAUUAAACCGUUCAUGUUAUUUAUUGUGGAUUGUCUACAGGGUCAAAGUAAACGGUCAAUAUCGUCAGAUAAACAUAAUCACAGUGCUGAUUCAACAAUGUUUGCAGCCGAUAUGUUACGUUUUUUAUCAUCAUAUGCCUCAUUACUAUCGAAUCAUCGCGACAAUGUUUCUGGUAAUUUAUACAUGUUAAUUAUUGAUGGUCUAAUAAACACAUUAAAGUUUAAUAUACCAUCGGAUGUUGGCUCUUUAUUGCGCAAUAAUGUUCGCAUAAUAAAAUCAUUAAUAUUUGCCUUACUCGAUUGGAUUUUACACAUACCCCAUCGUUAUCUUGUUAAUAUUAAUUUAAAUGAUAAUACAACAACUAAAAAUAUUCAACAUCAUCAACAAUCAAUAAUACAGCGAACAUUUUCAAUUUUAAUUGACCUUUAUCGUGCUAGUGACAGAUUACAAAGAGAACAACAAGAAACAACGACAAGGGAAGAAAUACCAUUGAGUCAAUCAAUUAAAUUAUGUUCAAAAUUUGCUAUUAUUUGUCUAUUAAGUGAACAUUCACAUUUUCCAAUAUCGGAUGAUGAUGCGUCACUCGUAACGAGUUCUGUUAAUGAAGGACAUGAUUGGUCAAAUAAAAAUAUUCAACAAAAACAAUUACAAACUCAAACAGAUUCGAUAGCACCAGAGAAUAGUUCAACAGGAGAUGAAAUAGUUAUUCAAUCAUCCAAUAUUCAAUUAUUUGUCAUACAUGAUGAUUUUCUCAUAUCGUUUGUUGAAAUACCAGCUGAUAACACAAUUAUCACAGAUAAUGAAACACCAAAUGGAAAUGAAGAAAAUCAUCAAACAAUAAGUCCACUAACAUCAACAUCGACAAUAUGUCGAACAAUUGUAAGAGAUUUGUGUGGAAAAUAUUGUUGGGAUAGUUAUGCAUGGGAUAUUAGUCAUGAGUCAAAAGCAAUGACAUCAUCAUCUCUUAACAAAACGAUGGGUAAAAUUAAAAAAUUACUUUUAAUCUUCUUGUCAUUUUUAAUUUAUAUAGUUAUCUUUUUCUUAGAUUUAAUAUUACCAUCUAUGUCAACUUACGAACCAACAGCUACUACUCGUGGUAUUACUGUUCCUAUUGAUGAGUCACAUGAUCUACCAACAUAUAAAAAUCAACCACCAGAUGCAGAUAUUUUAGAUAAAUUAUUACAAUAUAUUUAUAAUCAAAGUCCAGAAUUAGCAUUUUACUCAGAUAGAACGUUAACAGACGUAUUUCCAACUUCGGCACUUAUAAGUAGAAAUGAAGAAACAGCAAUAAUACGAAUGACCAAUGAACAGGAAACAUCUGAAAUAGAUUAUUAUCAAAAUGUACAGGAGAAACAUCAACAAAAAAUCUCACAAAAAAUGACGGAUAAUCAAGAUAUUGAUCAACAUUCAACUCGUACACAAUCGAAUGUUUCAAGUGUAUCAACAGCUACAGCAACAAAUGAACAACGAAAUGAUCGAUUCGCAUUGUGUCGUUCUCAUAUUAACCAACUUGGUUUAAUGUUGUUUGAAAAUCGGAAUAAUAUUGAAUUAUUAAAUACAUCAAAAACAAACUCUAUUCAGUUAUUACGUGAAAUGAAAUAUUUGGACACAUUACGUUCUCGUGAAACACAUAAAAUCGCCGUUAUAUACAUUGGAUAUGGUCAAGAAGAUAAAACAGCUAUAUUUAAUAAUGUAAGUGGUAGUCCAAAUUAUGAAGAAUUUUUGUCAAAUCUUGGAUGGGAAGUUGAAUUAUCGAAACAUACGGGAUUUAAUGGUGGUUUACAUCCAUUAAAAAAUACCUAUUCUGUUUAUUAUGCUGAUACAUUAGUUGAAAUUAUGUUUCAUGUUGCAACAAAAAUGCGCUCAAUUCAUAAUACAAACGAUGAACAUCAUCGAAAAACACGUCAUAUUGGAAAUGAUGAAGUACAAAUAAUAUGGACAGAACAUUAUCAUGAAUACGAUCGAUCAAUAAUAGCCAGUCAAUUUGGAGAUGUAUUGAUUGUUAUACAUCCGUUACCCAAUUCAUUGUAUAGAAUUAGAAUUGAUAAAACUACUGAAGAAAUACAAAAGCCGUCGACGUCUUCUGAGCGUGGGGAAAAUGUACGCAUGGGUAUGACAAUAUCAGCUAAAACUCGUUCAUCUGGUCGAUCAAAUUUUCCAUUCUUAUCAUCAACAAAUACAAUUGAUACUUAUAUAAAGAAUCUUCUUAUUAUUUCACAAAUGUCAGAAGUCGAUAACAGUAAUUCUAAUUGUACUAUGAAUAACGGAGAAAAUCAAAUGUCUGCACCUUCAAUUGCUCUGGAAGCAGCAUUAAAACCAAGUAAUCCAAUAGAUUUGAUGUGUCCUAGUAAUAUUGUUUGUGGUUAUGAUUUUAAUAAUGGUUUGGAUUAUCAUAAACUAUUAAAAUCAUUCAAAACAACUGGAUUUCAAGCAACAAAUAUUGGAUUGGCUAUUGAACAAAUAAAUGAAAUGAUAUUGAAACGUACAACAGAUCAAUUUUCCCUAUUUUUGGGUUACACAAGUAAUAUGAUUAGUUGUGGAUGUCGUGAAACAAUACGUUAUUUAGUUGAACAUAAAUUAGUAGAUUGUAUUGUAACAACAGCUGGAGGAAUAGAAGAAGAUUUUAUUAAGUGUUUAGCAGCAACAUAUGUUGGAGAUUUUCAUUUGAAUGGAAAAGAAUUAAGAAAAAAUGGAAUUAAUCGAUUAGGUAAUUUAUUAGUACCAAAUACUAAUUAUUGUUUAUUCGAAGAUUGGCUAAUGCCCAUAUUAGAUCAAUUGGUUGAUGAACAACUAAAUUUAAAUAUUAAUUGGACACCAUCAAAAUUAAUUGAACGUCUUGGUCGAGAAGUAAAUAAUACAAAUUCUGUUUAUUAUUGGGCAUCAAAAAAUCAGAUACCUGUUUUUUGUCCGGCUAUAACUGAUGGUUCAUUAGGUGAUAUGCUCUAUUUUCAUUCAUAUCGUAAACAUGGUUUAAAAAUUGAUAUAUUAGAAGAUUUAAAAACUAUCAAUAAUUUAGCUGUACACGCAAAAUAUACGGGCAUGAUUAUUUUGGGUGGUGGUGUAGUGAAACAUCAUAUUUGUAAUGCAAAUUUAAUGAGAAAUGGUGCAGAUUAUUCUGUUUAUAUUAAUACAGGAAUGGAAUAUGAUGGAUCAGAUUCAGGUGCCGCACCAGACGAAGCAGUAUCUUGGGGAAAAAUACGUACAACAGCAGAACCAGUGAAAGUGUUUGGUGAUGCUAGUUUCAUAUUUCCUUUAGUUGUAGCUGAAACAUUCGUGAAACAUAUUGAAAAUAAUAAAUCUGUUAAAAAUGAAAAGUGA